UCUGAGCGGCUGGGCCUGUGCGCUGGCUGGUGCUUUCUGAGAACGCGGACAUUUUCUCUGCGGGGCUGCCCACCAGAACCACCACGGCACCUUCAGAAGCAGGGACGUCCAGGCCCGGACUCAGAACCUCUGAGGUUCUGGUUUGGAGGUUCUGGUUUCAAGGCUCUGGGGCAGUCAGAUUUGGGAGAAGUGGCCCCCGAAAUAAAAGCCCCCGAGGCACGAGCCGCCGUGGCCGGCGCAGAUCUGGAAUGGAGAGAAAUGGAAGGAGAGGACCGCGAGCUUCAGUAUGGAGAAGGUCCGAACGAGGCUCAGGACAGCGACUUUCCAGCAGCGGGGGGGAGCCGGCUGCAGGAGAUGCUGUCGUUGCUGGGACUGGAGACGUGCCAGGUCCAGAAGCUCGGCCUCCAGGACGCCCUGCAGAUCAGCAGUGACAGCGUGAGGAACGGGGCUCCCCAGGGCCCCAGGGACCUGCCCGGGGGCUUCCUCAGGAGGCUGCAGGCCCUCAGUGCUGAGGCCCGGAGCACCACCGUGCUGCUGGGCCUGCCCCCGGGCGCCCGGCCUGCGGAGAAGGGCCACACGGAGGAGGAGGUCAUCUACUGGGACGCGGCCGACGACAGCGCCGCGGACAUCUACUCCUUCUCGGAGCUGCCCACCCCCGACACGCCCGUGAACCCCUUGGACCUCCUCUGUGCCCUGCUGCUUUCUUCCGACGCCUUCCUGCAGCAAGAAAUCGUGCUGAGGAUGUCUCUCUGCCAGUUUGCACUCCCACUGGUUCUGCCCGACUCGGAGAACCACACCCCCAGCUUCCUGCUGUGGGCCAUGCGGGGCGUUGUGCGGACGUGGUGGGCACAGCCCCCAAGGGCUGCGGGCAGCCUCUGGGAGGACAGUGUGGUCCUGCCCCGGACGCCCACCUUCGCCUUCGUGCGCAUGGAGGUCAGCAGCAACUCCAAGUCCCAGCUGCUCAACGCCUUGCUCAGCCCAGGCCACAGGCAGCGCGACUGCUUCUGGCACCGGGACCUGAGCCUGGGCACCAGCUCCCGGGAGAUUGCGGACGGGCUGGUGGAGAUUUCCUGGUCCCUGCCCAGUGGCCGGGAGGACCUGGACCUCUUCCCAGAGCCUGUGGCCUUUCUGAACCUCAGAGGCGACAUUGGGUCUCACUGGCUGCAGUUUAAGCUGCUGACGGAAGUCUCCUCGGCUGUGUUCAUCCUGACCGACAACAUCAGUAAGAAGGAGUACAAACUGCUGUCCUCCAUGAAGGGGUCGGCCACCAAGUACUACUUCAUCCUGAGCCCCUACCGUGGGAAGCGGAACUCCAACCUGCGGUUCCUGAACAGGCUGGUCCCCGUGCUGCGGAUGGACCACUCCCACGUGCUCGUGAAGGUCAGCAGCACCGACGGCGCGCGCUUCCUGCGCAGGGUCCGCUCCAUCCUGGCGCACGUGGCCCGGGCGCCCUGCAGGAGGGUGUCGGUGGAGGACAUGGCGCAGGCAGCCCGCACGCUGGGGCUCAGGGUCGACGAGGACUGCGCGGAGUGCCAGCAGGCGAAGGGCCGCAUGGAACGGGUCACCAGGAGCCUCAGGGACUCGGACGCCUACCGCCGGGAGGAGCUGCGCCUGCAGGGGGAGCUGUGGCGAGAGGCGGCCCAGGUGGAGAAGGAGCUGUGCCAGGCCCAGUGGGCCGGGGACCCUGCGGACCAGCGCCCGGCCGAGCUGCGGCGCCGGCUGCUGGAGCUUCGCACUCAGCAGAGCGCCCACGACCCCGCGGGGGCCGUGCAGGAGUUCAUCGCCGGUGUCAGCUGCCCCUCCCUGGGUGAGCGGCAGUAUUUCCUGAGGUGGAUGGAGUGGGGGCUGGCCUGGGUGGCGCAGCCGCGGCCGCGGCCGCCUCCGGAGGCAGCUCUGACGCUGAGACCGCGGCCGGGCGGGGGGGCCGCCUUGCGGGAGCAGCUCUGGCCGGAGCCGCUGGGCGUGGAGCACUUCCUGCGGGAGAUGGCGCAGUUCUACGAGGCCGAGAGCUGCCUGGUGGAGGCUGGGAAGCUGCUGGCGGGCCAGAGGCGGUUUGCCCACUUCCCAGGCUUGGCUUUGGAGCUGCUGGUGAGGGGGCUGCCCCUGGAGCUGAUCGACGGGAGCACGCGGAGCGCCCCCCUGCGCUGGGUCACGGGGCUCCUGAGGGCGCUGCACGGGCGCCUGGGCAGGAGGUCGCGGCUGGUGGUGCUGUCGGCGCUGGGCGUGCCGGGCACGGGCAAGUCCACGCUUCUCAACUCCAUGUUCGGGCUUCGGUUUGCCACAGGGACGGGUUGUGGUCCUCGAGGGGCCUUCAUGCAGCUCGUCACGGUGGCCGAGAGCUUCAGCCAGGACCUGGGCUGUGACCACAUCCUGGUGAUAGACUCGGGGGGGUUGGUCGGCGGCGCCCCGGCCAGCGCUGGGGAGCGCUUCGAGCUCGAGGCCUCCCUGGCCACUUUGAUUAUGGGGCUGAGUAACGUCUCCGUGAUCAGUUUAGCUGAAACGAGGGACAUCCCACCGGCCAUUGUGCAUGCAUUUCUGAGGCUGGAGAAGACGGGGCACAUGCCCAACUACCAGUUUGUGUACCAGAACCUCCACGACGCGCCUGCCCCCGGCCCCAAGCCGCGGGAGAGGAGGCCGCGGCCGGAGCCGCCUGCGGACGGCAGCCGAGCUGCGCCCCUGGCGGACAAGCAGGGAGACGGCCUUCGGACGCUGGCGGACCUGGCCUUCUGUGACCCCGAGAAGCAGCACAUCUGGCACAUCCCAGGUCUGUGGCACGGGGUGCCUCCCAUGGCCACUGUGAGCUUGGGGUACAGUGAAGCUGUUUUUGAGCUGAAGAGAUGCCUGCUGGAGAACAUCCGGAACGGCCUGUCCAACCCCAACCAGAACAUCCAGCAGCUCAUCGAGCUGGUGAGGCGGCUGUGAGUGCCGCUGCGCGGGGCGUCCGCCUCGGGCGGGCGCACUGCGCGCGGGAGGGUAGAGACGCAAGGACGGGCCUGGAGUCUCCUGAACGGCCUGCCCGGCUGAGAGAGGCUGUCGGGGCUGGAGCGGCCGGCGCGGGGGCCUCGUCUGUCUGCCCCCGGGGCAGGGAGGGGCCUCGGUCCCCAGGAGAGGGGUCGGGAAGGGCCCCGGGGAACAGACAGGCUUGGCAGGUGGGCGGCUCGAUGCUGCCCGUUCAGCGAGGGCCCCUGUGGGGCAGUCUGUUUAUCGCCCCCCCCCGCCCCCCCGCCCCCCGCCACACCGCACAGCCACAGCACCCGGUGGGCCCCCGCCUGCAGCGCCAACACGACCUGCUCCUGCGACGCCUUCCCCCAGACUGUGAGCUCCGGGGGCAGGGCUGUUACCCAGCUCUGUCGCCCCAGGGCCUGGUUUACUGU